AAAGCUCUUACUGCGCAUGUCAGCAAGACAUAGCAUCAAAAGUAGGUUAGGCCUGGUGUUUUUCUUUAUUAUUUCCAACUAGGCAUUUUCCCAAUAACAGAUACGGUGCUGAAGAAGCUACAGUACGUUAAUAAAAGUGGUUAAAUUUGUGUAAAAGGUCGAUCCGUGCAGUUUUACAGCACUUUGUACAGUUAAGUAACGUGCUUCCGGUGAGGCCUGUUGACCCACAUUAGGGAUGUAGAGAAGCCGAGAGACUGAGAUUCUAUGUCUUCCCAAUGUUUGGAGUGUUUUAUCCACAGACCGACUCAUGACGCAUCACAAUGAGCUCCUUGGACAGGGAUGAUGGCAGCAUUUUUGAUGAGUUGAUGGAAGAUGAUGAGAGGGAUAAGGCCAAACGCGUUUCCCGGAAUAAAUCGGAGAAGAGGAGGAGAGACCAGUUCAAUGUCCUUAUUAAAGAACUGGGCACGUUGCUGCCUGCCAACACACGCAGGAUGGACAAGUCGAUGAUCUUACAGAAAAGCAUUGACUAUCUACACAAGCACAAAGAAAUUGCUGCACAGUCAGAGUCGAGCGAGAUCAGACAGGACUGGAAACCCCCGUUUCUCAGCAACGAGGAGUUCACACAGCUCAUGCUGGAGGCGUUGGAUGGCUUCUUCCUUGUUAUCCUGACCGAUGGAAAUGUCAUCUAUGUCUCGGAAAGCGUCACGUCAUUACUCGCCCACCUACCGUCGGAUUUGGUGGAUCAGAACCUGCUUAACUUCCUUCCAGUUUGCGAGCACACUGACGUAUACAAAGCCCUGUCUUCACACCCAGAAGGCGAGAACCUCAGUCCAGAAUACCUCAAGACUAAGGGUCAGCAGGAGUUUUGCUGUCACAUGCGCCGAGGCUCUGUGGACCCCAAAAAACCACCUGUGUACGAAUACGUCAAAUUCAUCGGCAACUUCAAGUCACUCAGCAAUAUGCCACGAAUAAGUCGUAACGGUUUGGAAGGUGUACUCCAGCGGUCGUUGCGCCCAGCGUUUGAUGACCACGUGUGUUUUGUUGCAACAGUGCGGCUAGCCACACCUCAGUUUAUCAAGGAGAUGUGUACAGUGGAGGGGUCCAAUGAAGAGUUUACCUCUAGACACAGUCUAGAGUGGAAAUUUCUUUUGUUAGAUCACAGAGCUCCUCCCAUCAUCGGCUAUCUUCCCUUUGAGGUUCUGGGGACGUCUGGCUAUGACUACUAUCAUGUAGAUGACCUGGAGUCACUGGCUAAAUGCCAUGAGCAUUUGAUGCAGUUUGGAAAGGGCAAGUCAUGUUACUAUCGAUUCCUGACUAAAGGCCAACAGUGGAUCUGGCUCCAGACUCACUACUACAUCACCUACCACCAGUGGAACUCACGGCCUGAGUUCAUUGUAUGCACGCACACCGUAGUCAGAUAUGCUGAAGUACGGGCAGAGCAGAGAAGAGAGAUGGGCAUUGAGGAUUUGCCUCCCGAAAGAACAGAAGACAAGCAGUCUCAGGACUCUGGUUCUGAAUCCCAGUUAAACACUUCCAGCCUCAAGGAGGUGCUUGAGCGCUUCGAUCACAGCCGCACACCGUCCACGUCCUCGCACAGCUCCCACAAGUCCUCGCACACAGCCAUGUCUGACAGCACGUGCACCUCCACUCCCACUAAGCUGCAGAUGGACGUGAGCACUCCGCCUCGGCCCAGCACCGUCGACAUGACGCAACACCGCCGCUCCUCUGUUAGCAGCCAGAAUAUUCACACAAGUUCUCCUGCUCAUAUUAACCACCACCAGCAGCAGCAGCAACAACCUCAACACAACACACAGCAAUACUCUACACAGCUGAAUGCCAUGCAGCACCUGAAGGAGCAGUUGGAACAGCGGACGCAGAUGAUCGAGGCCAACAUUAAAAAGCAGCAGGAAGAACUGAAGCAAAUUCACGAACAGCUUCAGAAGGUGCAUGGCCAGGGCCUUCAGAUGUACUUACAGCAGUCCACAGGUGGGGUCAAUAUGCAGCUCCCUCAGGUGAGUGGAGCUUCAUGCUCACAAGCUGAAGUUAGAGUGCAGAGUGUGACGAGCACCGCCCACAGCACAACGCAUCACGGCCUUCAACAGCAGCAAGCUCCGCCUUCCCAACAGCAGAAUUCGCAAGGCUCCAUCCUCACACAGCAGGGUUCAGUGUAUAAUUCGAUGAUAGUCGGCCAGCAGGGCAACAGCAGCAUCGUGCAGAUCCCCAGCAACCAGUCACAGAACAUCACUCAAGUAACUACAAUCAACAGGUUUCCAGGGCAGCAGUUGAUCACUAAGUUAGUCACUGCUCCCAUGGCUUGCAGCACCGUAAUGGUUCCAACAACCAUGUUUAUGGGCCAGGUAGUGACCGCUUACAGCCAGUUUGCACAGCAGCAGGGCCAAACACAGGCAAUAGCAGCGUUGUCUGAUUCGCAGCAGCACCACGGAAUGACACAGCCUCAACAACAGUUCCUACAGGGAGCCCACAUUUUGCAGAACAACCAGUCUACACAGCUAAUUCUGCAGGCUUUCCCCAUUCAGCAACAGGGUGCGUUCACCACGACACAACAACCACAGCAAAAAACACAACAGCAGUUAAAGCCUCAGACUGUAAAGCAGCCAAAAACCUCAUCCUCUCACCAAACAGACAACUCGAGCACUCAGUGACACAAGUGGGAAAUGUUUUAGUUUGAACUUCAGUGGUACUUCGUUGGACAUCGUUUCUACAGCAAUAGGACUAAAUACCGAACCACCGAAUGGCUAGCAGCGCAGCGAAACUCAGUAUUUCACAGCAAUAACAGUACGGACCUCGGUGCCAUUGAAAUAGCUUUCACUUUACUUCUUUUCUAAUUUAUUUAAAAGAAUACAGUUUAACCUGGGACUAAAAGUAAUCUUGCUCGUUUAAUAUCUGUACAGAUGUGUGUACAAAGCCAUGUGAAUAUCCAAACAUAAAGGAACAAAGUGAAUAUUUUAUACACAUCACAAAAAAGGUUCUCGGAUCUUUGUUUAUACGACUGUGUUGGGGAAAAGGUUGUUUUAUAAAUCUAUAUAUAAAUCUAUAUUUAGCCCAAAAAGCAGAAAUCGCUCACAAAUGUAUAUUUUACUCCUAAUUUUGAAAGUAUUCUUUUAACAUAUUUUAUACAUAACCACAGUGUUACCUCUAUUUCAUGGACAAAUGUAGUUCUUCAAUUGUUAAAGUGCCAACAAUUAGUUCUUCUACCAAAAAACAAACCCAUGCAUAUAAUAUAGUGACUUCUUAAAAAAAAUGGUCUCAUUGUAGUUGAUAUAACUUAAUGUGCUUCCACACACUAAAUGGCCCUUAUUUUAAUAAUCACAGUGUUAAUCAUUUUUGUGUGUGAUCAUUUACAAUGUGGAGAGAGUCCUGACUCUAUAAAUGUGCAGGAAUUUUUAUUUAUAUUAAAAUGAUUUGUAGUCUAUACAACUCCAAGUAGGAAUUAUGCAAUCGACUGUGUGAGGUCGCAUUCAACACAAAGCAUCAUAUAUAUAUUUAAAAGUGUUCAGCAUAAAUACUGUUUUCAUGAUUGCAUCAGGUUGGGGGGUUUGUAUUUGUUGCAUUUGAGCACAAUAGCACGACAACAAACUAGCAGCCAUUUAUUGCUUUUUUUUUUUUUACUUUUUUUUUUUUGUAUAAUAUUUACACACACUAAAACUUUUUGUUUCAGUUCAUUUCCCCACAGAAAUUUUUAAAAAAUCAAAUAUGCAUGAAUCUUACUAGAAGUACAAGUUAGCUGCAAAUGCCGUGUUUUGUACUCUCGCACUUUAUUCUGUUCUUAAAAAUAAGAGAAAGGAUCUGCGUGUGAUCAUCUAAAAUACAUUUUGAGAGUAUAAAAUAUUCUUAAAAUUCAGCAUCUGCACAAUCCUAUGGAUUGUUUUGCAGCUUCCACGUUGUCCUCUUUUGCCAUACUGUUUUUAAAUGUGUGUACACUUUUAAAUGUCGUGAGAAUGACUAUCUAACUAAUAGAUAUCGUAAAUAAUUUACCUAAUAAUUGGUGUUUUUGGGGUUAUUCAAGAUCGUUUAUUUAUGAUUUUAGUCACAAAAGAAAUCUGAAUUUUUUUUUUUUUUUGUAUGAUUUUUUUUUUUUUGUCAUUAUGGAACAAAUGAACAUAUCGUAUAUGGACUGUGUUGACAUUCGAAGUUGUGUGUGUCUGUGUCUUUGUGUGUCUGUGGCCAGAAAUUAAAAGUUGUACCUCGUCCCUUGCAGUAUACCGUAUAUAUUAGUAUAUAUUGCUGUAAGGGUUGUGUACGUCAAACCCAGGUGAUAACCAAUCAGUUCUUGCCUUGCAGUAACUUCAAAUUCUAGAACGUUCCUUACUCACUUGCUAGUUCUAUACCUCAUUGUAAUGUUUAUUAUUUUUUUUCUUAGAAAAUCCAAAGCGACUUUAUUUCCGUAUUCUCUGGACCCUGGUGGAAAGCUGUGUAUAGACCGUCAACACUGUUGUGUGAAAAUGUAUGCAUUGUGUCUAAGGUCUUCCAACUAGGAAAGUAUUACUGAAAUCAUUAUAGGAUAUUAUACUCUAUCUGAAACCUAUGUACCUUUUUAUAUGCUGUGUAUCUUUUUAUUUUUUUGUCAUUUGCAGAUAUUUUGUUCUUCACCCACCAAAGAUAACUUGUACAAUUGGACUCCUUUUGUUAUGUACGCUCACCGACCACUUUAUUAGGAAUGCUUAUGCACGUAUCCAAUCAGCUGUUAGCAUAUCGGAGUGUAAAAUGCUAAGGCAAGAGCUUCAGUAAAUGUGAGAAUGGGGGGUGGGAGGUGUUAUCUCUGUGAUCUCAACCAUGACAAAAUCUGCUGAUUUUCACUUGAGUGGAAAAAAAAAUCAUCCAGUCAGCAGCAGUUCUGGUCCACUGGAAAUGACUCAAGCCAAACAGGAAGGCUGUGAGAACACCUUUACAUAGAGUAAACACCCUUUACACCAUAGAUGGUCUGCCAUAUGUUUUCCUACUACAGUGGCUGUGGAGUUGUACAGGUAUUAAUAACUGUUGUCUAAGACUUGAUCCCAUGUUAUCAUGUUAAAAGACACAAAAUUGUUUGGUUGCAUUAUGAAAUUUCUUUGUAUAUUGGAUGUGACAGUCAUUAAGCUAGAUAGCUGUGAGGAGGCAGCUAAUGUUUGUUUAUUUUUCAACACAAUGAGCUAAAAUAAAGGAAGAAAGCAG